AUGUUUGGCGAUCUUCAUGCUCGGUAUCCGAAGUGGUUUUUACCAAAGCAUCUACGGCAAGCACUCAAAAGCGCCCAAACCAAAACACCAGAGCAACUUUCCGCCGGUACAACCGACACCGAUGAGGGAGUAGAGCUCUGGUUCCAAAACAGGUUGUUGGCACUCGUCACAUCGCACAAGCAUCAUGAAGUCAAUGAUGUACUCUACAAGGUGUAUGACUCGGCGCGUGGGCUGAACAACAAUGCUAAAAAGCGCGCGACAGCUCGAACGCCAGAUGCACAAGAAUCAGUCAUGGUGGAAGCACAGCAGGUUGCCGAUUCAAUUGCCAUGUCACAGCCCCUCCCCGACAUCGACCUUUCAGCUGGCGCCACUGACGACAUCAAUUUCCACACUGAACCCAGUAGCGACGACGACAGCAACAACAGCAGCGACGACAGCAACAACAACAACAACGUCAGUUCGAGCGAAAGCCUGCUCACAAACUCCAACUUGGCGGCGGCAGACGAGAGCGAGGACGAUGACGCGCAUCCUGCUUCGUCGGAUAGUGGACUCGCUGCAGCAUCCAGCGACAGCGAAAGCCACGAGGCAAACGAUCGUGUAACAAGCGCUGAAAUCGAUGAUCAAGAUGAUUCGCGUCAGGACAACAACUGCACCGGUGGCUUGGUGAGAAGGCGAUCCAACCGCGAUUAUCGGCCGGCCCACAACGUGUCUCGUUCAAGCAAACGCAUGCGAUUCUGCACGGAAGGCGAGCAAAGUGGCCCUCGGCGACAUCAGACGCGUGCCCAGCGUGCUGCCAGUCGAGCCCUCCAAGGCCAGUAA